AUGAACAACGGGAAGAGUAGAAAGCGCCCACCACCACCUACGCCGCAAGCACCAUCACCGCAACUACCCCAGCAAAAGCAGCAUGCCGCCAUGGAAGAGGAAGAGAUGGACGAGGACGUCUUCCUCGACGAAACCCUUCUCUACGAGGAAGAGGCAGAGGUACUCCGCGACCUCGAGGACCGCCAAGCUCUCUCUUUGCGUCUCCGCAAGUGGAAACGACCCGAGCUAUCUCAAGCCUACCUGUCUCAGUCCCAGAGCAUCAUUUUUCAGCAGUUGGAGAUUGAUUAUGUUAUUGGGGAGAGUCAUAAGGAAUUGAUGCCUAAUUCUUCUGGUGCUGCAGCUAUUAUCCGGAUCUUUGGGGUUACCAGGGAAGGCCAUAGCGUUUGCUGCCAUGUCCAUGGAUUUGAACCAUAUUUCUAUAUAAGCUGCCCUCCAGGAAUGGGCCCUGAUGAUAUCUCCCGUUUUCAUCGAGUUCUUGAGGCGAGAAUGAGAGAAACAAAUAGGAACAGUAAGGUUCCCAAAUUUGUUCGCCGCAUAGAAAUGGUUCAAAAAAGAAGCAUUAUGUAUUAUCAGGAACAGAGAUCUCAGCCAUUUCUUAAAAUUGUUGUUGCACUGCCGACAAUGGUCACUAGCUGCCGUGGUAUACUUGAUAGAGGCAUACAGAUUGAUGGUCUUGGAAUGAAGAGUUUUAUGACAUAUGAAAGUAAUGUUCUUUUUGCUCUUCGAUUCAUGAUUGACUGCAACGUUGUUGGUGGCAAUUGGAUUGAAGUUCCGGCUGGAAAAUAUAAGAAGACGGCAAAGAAUCUGUCGUAUUCCCAAUUAGAGUUCGAUUGCCUUUAUUCCCAAUUGAUCAGCCAUGUCCCAGAAGGAGAAUUCUCAAAGAUGGCUCCAUUUCGCAUAUUGAGUUUUGACAUUGAGUGUGCCGGUCGAAAAGGCCUUUUUCCUGAACCUACCCACGAUCCUGUUAUCCAGGUGGCAAAUCUAGUUACCUUGCAGGGUGAAGAUCAGCCAUUUGUUCGUAAUGUGAUGACCCUUAAGUCAUGCUCUCCAAUAGUUGGUGUUGAUGUGAUGUCAUUUGACACUGAAAGAGAAGUCUUGCUAGCUUGGAGGGGUUUGAUGCGUGAAGUGGACCCUGAUAUUAUAAUUGGAUAUAACAUCUGCAAAUUUGAUUUGCCAUAUCUUAUUCAGAGAGCUGAGGUCUUAGGAAUAUCAGAAUUUCCGAUACUGGGCCGCAUCAGAAACAGCAGGGUUCGUGUCAAGGAUACAACGUUUUCUUCAAGGAGGGAAAGUCAUAAGAAAAAUGGCGAAGGGUAUGGUGACAUUUUCCAUUUUGACAGAAAGGAUAGGGGAAGGGAAGAAGCAGAAGGGGAAGCGGAUUACAUCCCUCUAUGCACUGAAAUCUAUCCCCAACAAGGGGUGAAAGACAAUAAAAAAUAA